CCGCCCGGCUCGUGUCGGGCACGCGCAGUCGGGGUACCCCCGGGCACGGACUCGGAGCACGCGCGCUAGGCGGAGAGUGGGGCGCAUGAGCAGGGCGGCCGGCGGGCUGACGGGAGCGGGCGGCGGGACAAUUGAGCGCGGCGAGCGCGGCUGCUGAGGUAAGGGUGGGAUGGCACGGCCUGACCCAAAAUAAUUCCUCGCCGAGUGGUACAAACUAAAUAUGAGGCGAUCAGCAGCUCCAAGUCAAGUGCUAGGAAAAGUAGCCAAAAAGCCAAGGUUUAUACCACCAGGAAAAAGUAAUGCAGUUUGUCCCAAGAUUGAAACUGAGGAAAUGGACCAAGACAUGAAAUUAAAGGAGAUAGGUGAAAAACAUGGAAAUGUUUCACUGUUUUCUGAAAUGUUCGGUGAGAAUAAGAAUGAAAAUUUUACACAGUCUGUUGAGUCAUCUGGAAAAGUAAAGUCUACAAAAGUGUGGAACAGCACUAGUAAGUGCAGCAAGUUGGAAAUGAAAACACAGAAUGUACCCAAAGCUGAUGCAAUGUAUUUGCCAACAUCAGGGAUGGCAAAGGAAGCAGCAGCGCAGGAAGAACCUGACUGCCUCACGAAGUAUUUCAGUGUUAUGUGGUGUAAGGCAUCAAAGAAGAAGCACAAGAAGUGGGAAGGCGAUGCUAUUCUUAUUACAAAAGGAAAGUCAGUAAUAUUGAAAGACAUGGAAGGCAAAGACAUUGGCAGAGGUACUGGGUAUAAAUCUAAAGAGUUAGACAGUCUUGAGGAAGGUCAAACACUGAUGAUUGGAGGAAAAGAAAUUGAAGUGAUGGGUGUAAUUUCAGCAGAUGACUUCAGCAGUGGCAGGUGUUUUCAGACUGGAAUAGCGACUCAUGACACAGUCCCAACUGCUUUACCUCAAACUACCAUGAAACAAUUCUGUAAGCCAAUCAAAAGUGCCUGCCAACCCAGUACUAAAGAGAAUAUUCUCCUCAAUUCUCAGAGCCGCAAACCUCGUCACAAUCCAAAUGAUGCAAAUUCUCUAGUUAUGCCAAGACCAAAUGCAAGUCAUCAGUGCACAUUCAACAAGGCUGGUUUACCCGUGGUGGAUGUAGUGGUGGAUCCUUACAUUGCAAAUAAUCUCCGACCACAUCAGAGAGAAGGAAUUGUAUUUCUAUAUGAAUGUGUAAUGGGAAUGAGAGUUAGUGGCAGAUUUGGAGCUAUUCUUGCUGAUGAAAUGGGCUUAGGAAAAACAUUGCAGUGUAUUUCACUUGUCUGGACUCUUCUGCGUCAAGGGGUCUAUGGAUGUAAACCUGUACUGAAGCGAGCACUAAUUGUCACCCCUGGGAGUCUGGUAAAAAACUGGAAAAAAGAAUUUCAGAAAUGGUUGGGAAGUGAAAGGAUCAAAGUCUUUACAGUUGAUCAGGACCAUAAAGUAGAAGAAUUCAUCAGUUCUCCACUUUAUUCAGUUAUGAUAAUCAGCUAUGAGAUGCUACUACGAUCUCUGGAUCAAAUUCAGGCUAUAGAAUUUAACCUCCUGAUUUGUGAUGAAGGACAUCGUCUGAAAAAUAGCUCUAUUAAGACAACUACAGCCCUCACUAGUCUGCCUUGUGAGAGGAGAAUUAUCCUUACUGGUACACCAAUCCAAAAUGACUUACAAGAAUUUUAUGCAUUAAUAGAAUUUGUAAAUCCAGGAGUACUUGGUUCUUUAUCCACAUACAGAAAGAUAUAUGAGGAGCCCAUCGUCAGAUCCAGAGAACCUUCAGCAACAAAGGAAGAAAAGGAUUUAGGAGAAAAAAGAGCAGCAGAACUCACACGCCUCACUGGACUCUUUGUUCUUAGGAGAACACAGGAGGUUAUAAACAAAUUUCUUCCACCGAAAAAGGAGAACAUUAUCUUCUGCCAACCAACAGCACUACAGCUUGAGUUGUAUCGAAAACUGCUCAGUUCUCAUGUUAUUACCUCCUGUCUACAAGGCAGGCUAGAAAAUAGUCCUCACCUAAUAUGUAUAGGAGCUUUGAAAAAACUUUGCAAUCAUCCAUGUCUUCUGCUUAAAGCUGUAAAGGAAAAAUCCUGUGAUCCGAAAAGCGAUGAGCAUGUUGAGUCCAGUCUCUACGAAGGUCUAACAGAUGUCUUUCCACAAGAUUAUACUUCUGACAUUUUCUCUGAAACCGAUUCAGGAAAAUUGCAGGUGCUGGUGAAGUUGUUAGCAGCAAUCCGAGAGCUCAGCUCUUCUGAAAGGGUUGUACUGGUAUCCAAUUACACUCAGACACUGAACAUACUACAGGAGACAUGUAAACGUUAUGGAUAUUCUUAUACUAGACUUGAUGGAAAUACUCCCGUCUCCCAGAGGCAACAGAUUGUUGAUAGUUUUAAUUGUAAAUUCAGUCCAGCUUUCAUCUUUUUGCUGAGUUCAAAAGCUGGUGGAGUGGGACUGAAUCUGGUUGGAGCUUCUCACUUGGUCCUUUAUGAUAUUGACUGGAAUCCAGCUACGGAUAUUCAGGCAAUGGCCAGAGUGUGGAGAGAUGGUCAGAAACAUACUGUACAUAUCUACAGACUUCUAACCACAGGCUCAAUAGAAGAAAAGAUUUAUCAAAGACAGAUCAGCAAACAGGACCUUUCGGGGGCAGUUGUAGACCUUUCCAAGACAUCUGAACAUAUCCAUUUUUCUGUUGAGGAGCUCAGAAAUCUCUUUACACUUCAUGAGAAUUCCAGCUGUGUUACCCAUGACUUACUUGAAUGUGAUUGUAUGGGAAACAAAGACCAUCAAAAUCCUUCUUCACAAAAGCCUUCAGUGUCUAGAUGUUGUCAGCUCAGACAAGACCAGGGGAAGCAUAAUUUAAAGAAACCUCUCUCCAUGUCACAGUUGAUGCAAUGGAAGCAUUUCUCUGGGCAACAUCAAGCUCUACCUGAUCCUUUUCUUGAAAGGAUAAAAGAAAAUGUUUCUUUCAUUUUCCAGAAUGUAACCAAUCCAACUUCCCCCACCCAAUAAAACUACAGUAUCUUUCCCUACCAUUCUCAUCCUUCUCCUCAGAGUUGUAGUAAAUAAUUGACAUACAAAGUUAUUUUUGUCAAAUUCUAUAUUGUGUGGUUUUGAUGAGGUUUUUGAGUAAACGUGAGUCCUGGUGCUUAAAAAAAAGUUACAGGUAAUAUUAAAUUAAUAAUAAUUGCAAAAAUCAAUCCCUAUGUGUGUCUGUUUUGUUUUAUAGCUUUUUUUUGACUAUAAUGAUUUAUUAUUUGUAAAUCUGGCAACUCUUCAGCCACAUUUUAUAAUAUUGUGCAGUGCUAUAUGCUGUUUACAAAGCUCUGGUUUGAUUUUUGUUUUGACAGUGAAAAGUUGUGUGUCUGUAUAACUGUGGCUUUAUCGCAAGAGGAGUUUUCCCUGGAAUUUACAAGUUACUGGAAAUAGGAGCAAUAGCAACUGAGAUCCAAGUUUCUGAGACCAGGGUUUGUUGCUGUGUCAAAAUGUUGUGAAAUUCACCUGUUGCUUUUACCUGGAAAAAUAAACAACUUCAUUUCUCAGGCA